CCAACGUUAGCUCACUUUUUAAAUUUGUUACUUGUUGCUGCUUUGUGGAAAGAUAUAAACUAACUUUCCCAAAAAUGGCUGGAAUAGGAAUGGCAAAUGAAACACAUCAAGUUAUUGAUACAGAAGUGUGUCAAUUAAAUGUGUUUGUCCAGGGCAGAAUCUUGCCUUCAAAGCCUGUAUUUCUUACUUGUCAUGACUUGGGCUGCAAUCAUUAUCAAUAUGAAGAAUUUAUGGUACAUUCAAAAAUGCUUCCAAUUAUGCAACGAUCCACAUGGAUUCAUAUUGAUUUACCAGGUCAAGGAGAUGGUGAAGAAGAAUUGCCAUCAAACUAUGUAUUUCCUCCGAUCAAUCGAUUACCUGAUGCAUUUCGUGACGUUCUAGGGCAUUUAAAAAUAAAACAAGUGGUUCUUUUUGGUGAAGGUGCUGGAGCGAAUAUUUUGGCACGUUUUGCAAUCGCUUAUGAUAAUUUAGUACUUGGAGCAAUAUUAAUCAAUUGUACUGGAACACCGGCUACAUUUACUGAAUCACUUCGAGAUAAAUUAAUGAACUGGAAAUUAAGCUCAUCUGGUAUGAAUCCAGCGACAGAAAGUUUUCUCAUUGUACAUCGUUUUGGUUCGGUUGUUGAAACAGAUAGUGAAGUGGAGUUGCGUAAUGCUGUUGAAAGUUUUCGUCAAAAUUUACGUCAUUCAAUUAAUCCGAAAAAUUUAAAUAAAUUUAUCACAUCCUAUAUGCAACGUAAAAAUCUUUCCGAAAGUCUUCCCAGUCUAAAAUGUCCUGUCUUAUUAAUCACUGGUGGUUUAGCUUCACAUCAUAAAAAAUGUCGUCAAUUAUUUGAAGAUCUUGAAAAAUUACGUCGUGAUUCCGGUGGUCAAUCAGCUUCAAGUGAAUUUGUAAUGAUUGAUGAUGUAUCAAAUGUUUUAACUGAAAGACCGGAUAAAGUGGUUGACAGUAUGCAGUACUUUUUACAAGGAAUUGGACUAUUAAGCAAUUUGAAAUUACAGAAAACACCAAUGCAAUUAAAUCGUCGUAUGUCAAUGGAAGAUUAUGAUCGACCGCUGGGGAAAACACAUUUUGUCAGUCGAUUAUCACAACAAGUACCGGAAGAGAAUACCACAUGAUGCGACAGAGAGAGAGAGAGAGAGCGAAAACAUAUACUAACAAUAAUAAGCAGCAGCAGCAAUGUAUUUCUUGUUUACUUCAGUACACAUUUUGAGUGUGUCUGUUGAUUUAUCGUUCUUUCUUCUCCUUCUUCUUCUCCGACAGACAGCAUGACUAGAUGUAUUUUUCCUGUUUCUCAUUUCUUGUUUUGAUUUUGUGUUCUUUUUUUUUUGCAUGUUCCAAAUAAAAUUUAAAUGGUAAGCAGUUGAUUUCGUUUAUUUUUUUUCUGUCUCCAAUUUCAUUUCUACUUGUGUGUGUGUGUGUGUGUAUUGGUUGAUGAAAUCAUCUUUAACAACAAGAAAAAAACAUACAAAAGUCUGUUGUAACAAAGGAUACUCUGUGUAUUUUUUUUUAAGAUUAAUGAUUACACUACUACUAAUACUACUAUUACUACUACAAGUACGACUACUACAUACAUACAUAUAUAAAUAUAUAUAUAGUACUGUCAUUGUUAAUUGUAGUACGCUCCCAAAACCCCCCUGCCCACCCGAACAACUCUUAUUCAACAUGUACAACAACAGAACAUUGUAUAACAGUGUCAUGAUAAAAGAAAUGUAAUGCUUUGAAUAAAAAUUUUUUUUGGUAUAGUACGAAAGAAGUUGAAUUAUGCACAAAUAAAAUGUAAACUAGAACAUCAUUGUCACAUACCCUUCACAGAUAAUGUGAUCAAUUCCUCUCUCUGUUCUUUUUACUGUUCGGGUUGGAUUCAACUUGAAUGAUUAAGUAUAAUCAUUGUAUUGCUUCUUAUGAUCAUUUUAAUCAUUAUUAUUAUUACCAUUAUUAUUACUAUUAUUAUUAUUAUAAUCAUUACUUACCUAAUUUGUCCUCUCCCAUUGUUUUACCCCAUGUAAUCUUCACUUGCAAUCAACCCACCUCGUAUUUUAAUUAAUAUUUGCAAAGUUGAUGAAAAACACACUUAGUAUUUGAAUUUGUUUGUUAAUCUGUAAUGUAAUUUUCAUUUAGUAGUAUGAUUUUUUUUUCUUAGUCAAAUGAAAUUCAUGUAAAAGUAUUAAAAGUACACAUGAAAG